UCCAGGCGAGAGGGCCGCGGUCACCGUGUCUUUUUGCUUCUGGGGCUGCGUCGCAGAGCGGGUGUUUACUUAGUUCUGCAGAGGCCGAAUCUACCACUUAGACCUUUGCUCAUAGAGCCCAGAGUUCCAGAAUGCCCCUAAUUCCGAACACCACAGGGUGAGUCUGGAGCAAGUCACCUGGGAGGGCUUACAGGUGCCAUAAUGCAGGCCUGGGGCACUGUGGUAGUGACCUUGGCCACACUGAUGGUUGUCACUGUGGAUGCCAAGAUCUAUGAACGCUGCGAGCUGGCGGCAAGACUGGAGAGAGCAGGGCUGAACGGCUACAAGGGCUACGGCAUUGGAGACUGGCUGUGCAUGGCUCAUUAUGAGAGUGGCUUUGACACCGCCUUCGUGGACCACAAUCCUGAUGGCAGCAGUGAAUAUGGCAUUUUCCAACUGAAUUCUGCCUGGUGGUGUGACAACGGCAUUACACCUACCAAGAACCUCUGCCACAUGGAUUGUCAUGACCUGCUCAAUCGCCAUAUUCUGGAUGACAUCAUGUGUGCCAAGCAGAUUGUGUCCUCACAGAAUGGGCUGUCUGCCUGGACUUCUUGGAGGCGGCACUGUUCUGGCCAUGAUUUAUCUGAAUGGCUCAAGGGGUGUGAUAUGAACGUGAAAAUUGAUCCGAAAAUUCAUCCAUGACUCAGAUUCGAAGAGACAGAUUUUAUUUUCCUUUCAUUUCUUUCUCUUGUGCAUUUAAUAAAGGAUGGUAUUGAUAAACAAUGCAAAAAAUGC